AUGGCAGACUGCCCAAAACAUCAUUGCCUUUACUCUAGAGAAUCUAGAACCCCAAAUUACACUAUAUUUGGUGGCCCUAUUUCAUCAUCCGGGCAGCUUCACAAGCCCUUGUGGCAUGGAUUUUGCGAGAUUGAAUCCGAACCAGCCCUUUUCAAUGUUAUGCUAAGGGACUGGGGUGUGAAAGGUGUCAAAGUCCAGGAAGUCGUCUCUCUUGACAAUGAUAUGCUGCAAUUUUUACAACCCAUCUAUGGACUAGUAUUUUUGUUCCGUUGGCGAGAGGAUGAUCCAGUAAAACAAGAACAAAGUUGUCCUGAAGGUCUGUGGUUUGCAAAUCAGACAGUGAAUUAUGCCUGUGCUAGUGUUGCACUGCUCAAUAUUAUCAAUAAUAUUGAAGGAGUAGAACUUGAUGAGGAGCUCCGUUCCUUCAAAGAAUUCACAAUGGAUUUCACUCCAGCGCUGCGCGGUGAUGCUAUAAGGAAUUUUGCAUUCAUUAAGGAAAUACACAACUCGUUUGCAAGGAAAAUGGACAUUCUAAAUGUUGACCUCCAACUCAAAAAUGAUGCGUCUAAGAAAAGAUCCAAGCUUUGCAGAAAGGACCAAGGCUUUGAUGAAUCAGAGGCAGGGUUCCAUUUCAUUGCCUUUGUACCCGCAAGGGGGAAGGUAUGGAAAUUCGAUGGAUUAGAGCGCCAACCUCAAAAUCUUGGAGACUAUUCCGACGAGGACUGGCUGGAACUUGCUAAACCCGAAAUCCAAUCGAGAAUGGCUGAGUAUGAGGAAGGCCAAAUUGAAUUCUCGAUUCUCAGUUUAGCCAAAGAUCCAAUGAUUGGCCUAGUUGAUCAACUCGCGAUGAAUGUGAAAAGAUUGGUCUUUAUCGAUGAGUUACUAUGCAAUUUGCCCGAUAUUCAAGGCUUUGGUUCCCUUGACAAUGCCAUUGUGACCGGCCCCGAUCCGUCAUUCAAUCUGACAUCGUCCACCUUAGAAAAGGCGGUUGUGUCCGAAAUCGAUAUGCAAAGCUAUACCAACAUGUCGAAGGAGCGUCUGCUAGAAGCUCAGAAAACACUUAUCGAUGCCCAGAAGGAAAUAUGUGUGGCGAUUAAAGAAGAACAGCAAGUACGCGAGGCGGAUAAUACUUAUGCAGAAAAAAAGCGGCAUGAUUACGGCCCGGCAGUCUACAGCUGGCUUCGUGCGUUAGCUCGAAAGGGGCUAAUUGAACAUUUGGCGAGAGAUACGCCACCGCCUUGACAAUGUCAAUUAUGCACAAACAAAGGGAUUGAAUGGCUUUACUACUAUAAGACAAAAGCAUAGAAGC